AUGCUCCGGGACACCAUCCCCACGAUGCUGGAGCCUCUGGUGCAGAAACAUCCAUCGCCAGAUGUCAUGUAUGCCGCCUUCAUGAAGGCCGUCAAUGACGCACAGGCAAAGAUUACCGAGUUCACAACCCUCAUGAGGGACGAGACCAGCACCGAGGUCUUCGCCCGCGCCAGCAAGAGCAAGGAGGAGAGACCUCUGGGCAUCACGCCUUGGAGGCACGGAGAUUACCCGGGCUGGUUUGAUUUGGACAAGCCCUGGACGGCAUAG